AUGAAACCGCUAUCCGAAAAUUCGCUUCCAUACACUGAGAGCGACAAUUCGGCCCGAGAUACGCGCCACGGGCGUAACACCAGCUCCUCUUCCAUCUCGUGUCAUUCGGAUCCCUUUGCGACUUCUGGAAUUGAGGUUGGGGAUGGUGUUCAGCUACGCGACUUCUCAUCUCCCGGUCCUGUCAUGUCUCGCUGCAUGAGCCCAGACCCAACUGGAUUCGUCGCUGAGCGUCCAUCACGACUCAACAAUGAGGACAAUGGUCUCACUGUGCCAAAGAUCAAUGAGCCUUCAAGCGAUGAUCAUGCCCCUUCCGAAUGGGAGACGGUCGCUGGAGAGGACGCGUUUGAAAGUCAUGCCGAAUCUUCAACUCGGCCGCUGAAACGUCGAGGCAACUUCAAUUUUGAGAACAAACAGCAAAGCCAAUCUCGGCCGAAUCAGAAUCUCUGGGUACCGCAAACGCACAACUUUGAGCUCGUCUCACCUGAUGACCCGUCCGUGCGAAAUGUGCCGAGAUCAGCUCCCCGUUUGCACUCGUUUCACUCCGCGUCCAGCUUCUACAGCGAAUCACCUCGCAACAAAGACCCAGACACCUGCGUCCCUUGCGAUCCCGAAAACUACACACCAAACAAUCAUGCACAUAACGCACUCGGGAGGUACUCUCGUGCCUCAUCCGACAGCGAUGAAGACCCUUUCAAGUAUGACACAGAUGCAUACUCGGGCUUUCUACGUUCGUCGGCCGAGCGAGAAAAUGUCGAUGAAGAGGUCAAAGUUCCUGUUCAUCGGGAGGAAAAAGCGAUCCGCCGUGUCCCAGUCCCCGAUAGACGCCUACAAGGUGAAAUUGCGUCUCUUGUCAAGAACCGACCUCUCACCGGUACGGAGGGUGAUUGGCAGACUGUCACGACCGAACAUGCCUUCGACUCGAUGCAGCAAGACUAUCACGACAGCAUUGCAAAGGGAACUGGAAGCAGUGUCGCUGAUGUAUCCGACGUGACGGAGCGUGAACUUCAUCCUCGCUCUUAUGGCUCAAGAGACAGAAUUAUUCGACAUCCUCCUGGUAACAACAAGUACGGCUCAUACCGUGUUCGCACCGACAGAGGAACGAAACUCCCCGUAUCUGUCCCGCAGUAUGGUGAAGGUCCUGGAACUUAUGCCUCAAAUACGACUCGCAAUUUUCCCCAGGCCAAGUCCCGAUUACCCGAAUCUGCCGCUCGUUUCUCCAAUCUGUUUCGCAGGGAGCCAUCUGAGCAGACGCCCAGCCAUGAGAACAUUCUCCUCUCAGACCUGCCUCCCAAGAGAGGCAGCUAUCAGAGCCUCGACUCCGAUGCAGCUCUCCAUGGAAACGCCCAAACCGAUGAGACGAUCUCGCCGGAUGGCGAAAGGUACUUUGGCUUCAGCUGGAAUAGAAUCCGAAAGAAUCUUGGUCGUGAUCCUCCCAAAACCCCCCUAACUAUUUUUGACAAGCCACUGUACAAAAGACGGUUCCAGGAGUCCAGCUCGGACAAACCUGCCCACGUUCCUCAUGAUGAUUUCCUGUCCAAGAUUCCUCGUCUUCCGUUUCCUCUUGUCAGUCUUCCCGAGGCCGCGAUGUUGCAGCAGUUCAAACGACAAAGAGGUGAAGAGGAUCACAGUCAGAGUGCAGGCAACUUUGGGGUCAGGGGAAGGUCGAACACGAUCAGCACUGAAAACUCUCCUACUCUCCCAAAAACUCCAUCUCCUCCAAAGAGAAGCUUCUGGCCUUCGUCCACGAGUGACAAUGUCACGCGACCUGCCCGUAUUCUUCACCUUCAUCGACUGCCUCAGGCGCAUCGUCCCCGUGAUUCAAAUGACAGAGUCACUGAUAUGCUGGUUUCAUCCUCCGCUAUUCUCGAUACUCCUCCUCCUACCGACCCAAAGUCAAGCACUCACCGUGUGUGGUAUCGAAACUUCCAGCCAAGCAUUUCCACCUCUCGCACUGGAGCCCAUACUCCUGCAUUCUCCACCAGCAUCAAUAGUCGACGCGUCGGUCAUUGCCAGUCUGAGUUUGAUCCCCUCGCCGACAGCCCCUUCACUCAGAGGGAAGCUCGCCUUAUUGAAGAGGCCCGCGAGGAUAUUCGUAUCCAUCGCCAACAUGCUGACAUGGUCGCCCAACGCGGAAAGCGAAUGUUCAUGUGGGUCAUGAUCCUCACUCUCUUCUUCCCUUUCAUCGGUCCUAUCGUGCUCUACGGGAAACUCAACUCGACUAUAUCAUGGUAUACCCACGGAGAAAUGCAAUGCCUUACCAAGGAUCAACGCGGCACUCUCAAGCAGCAACUUCUCGUUGAGGCUGUUGUCUAUCCCGCAAUCAUCAUUGGCCUCUCAGUGCACUACUCGAUUUGA